CGGGCUGGCUCGCAUCAUUGAAAUAGCCCCAGCACAGAUCAGUGAUAUCUUACUUACUGUUCAUAUUAACACGGCCGGCAGAAAAUUUUCCCCUGGGGAAGAUCAUUUGAUAAUUAUAGCUGGCCUGGCCCAGCCACGGCUUAUGUGUUUUUAUGCAUAGUAUCAAAUUACAUACCAUGUGUUUAUUAAAAUAAGGUCUUUAUACUCAUACAAAUAUUGCUUCACAGUUCAUACUUGUGUCUGAAAUAAAAAAAAAACAGCCACUAGUAACAAGACAUGGACGGUUUGCUGGAUACCAUAUCCAUCAUGUUACCAAGACGUUUAAACUGGGAAGAAUUUUAUGUAAGUAUAAAAUUGUGUGAUACCAUAUCAACUAAUUCGUCGCAAUAUCGACACAGUUCAUCACCGAUUAUAUAUUUGAUUGAUUUUGCCUGCGUUUGUUGUACCUAGAAUAUUGAUUUAAAAUAUAUUAUCAUCCUUCUUAUUAUGUGACCUUAUUUGUAAUGAAUUUUACUUCGUACUGGACUGAAGAGGCCAGUUUUUACCUCAUGAAAUUUGCCAUAUAGCCAAAAGAUUGCCUGCUGAUACUGUUUGUAUGUUUACAGUAUCUCGCUAAGCUUUGCACGACAUUGUUAUUGUCUCUACGCCUUGUAUAGUAUAGUUUAUUCACAAAGUAGGAUUUGUAAAAACUUACACAUCGGCAAAGUUCACCCAAGGGUAGUAUUUGAUUACAUUGGUAUAAAAAAUAGGGCAUAUAUCAUUACCUUCCUUAGUGACUCGGUAUCAUUGUCGGUAAUUGUACACCACCCAAACACUACAUAAUAUUUGCGACAGACGAAGUGCAUAUUACUUGGUAUCAGCAUCAUGUAUUUUGUUUUUCAGCUGAGAUCUGUGUAUGUAUACUUGCUUUUGCAAAGGAAAGUGCGACGAAUGUGCAGAGGACUAGAGCACUGGCAAGUGAGUCACAUAUUAAAGCAUAUAGUUUGUCAAUAAAUGAUGGUUGGAAGCCCGGCGUAUAAGACCAUCGAUAGUUUGUUUGAUGUUGAACUGUAUCUCACCGAGCAUAUAAACUCUUUGUUUCAACUUCAUUAAGUAGUUAUUAAUCGUGGUUGCACGUUUCAACCCGACUAUUAAAUACAAUGAGCUCAAUCGCCGUGACCGUGUACAAAUUAACAUAAACUCAGACAGAAACAUAAGUACAUAACACGAUCACUUCUGGUUUAGUUUCCAAACCAUCAUAUCUUGGUUGAAUAGCGAUGUAUAUUAGAACUGUCUCGUUCUGAAAAAACCGCCUUUAUUUUUGUCAGACCGAGGCAGUUCUAUUUUUACUUUCUACACUGUGCUUUAAUGUUCUUUAAAAAAAUCAUUAAUAAUUCACGAGGAAAAUACAGAAGAAAUGAAUGUUUAAUCAAUGUUUGUACAUCGGAUAAAGAUUUGUCCUGAUUUAUAAACUUCAGCUUUGAUUUUCUCGGCUUAGACAAUGUUUAUUUUUAAAAUUACUUCGCCAAUCGGCUGCUCAUGUUUUAUCUAGUACAUAUAGUGCUAAAAUAGGCCCUUACGAGGUUUAAUAAGGACGCCAUCUUGAAUAUAUUGUUUUCAUCAUCAUGUUUGCACCCCUUGCUAAUUUUUGCACUAUUUUGUUUCAUUAUGGCGUCGUUAAUCUUGGAAGGGUCUAUUGAGAUUGAACCAAUUCCUGUCCACUUGAAUCUUUUUUCAAAAUCCUUACUGUGAAAAUAGUAUAUGGAUCUUCAUAGUAUGGAAAUCCAUUUUUCAUACUACUGUAAUUGCAAUUUCCAUACUAUGGAUAUAGCAUGGAAAUAAUAUGGAUAUACUAUGGAUUGUAGAAUGCAAUGUUUUGUAAUGCAUACAAAGACUGCAUUUGCAAGAGAUCGGAAGAUUUCGACGAUUCAGAAUGUUCGCAUGGGUAUUGUCCCAUGCGAAAUCAAAAGGCGAAAGGUUGCAAAUUUCGUACGGUCCCUAUUCUGACUAUUCUCCCAGUCACGACGUGAACAGUGCCAUAGUUUCACAACAUUUGAACAUCUCCUUUGCCAAACCUACUGUACACCGGUUGUAUCUGAUUAUUCCCAAAAUAUUUUUCUGAUAAAAACCGGCCCGAUCUAUAAAUGGCGUAAUGUGACCAAGGAAUGCGUUCAAACUAGUCAACAUGGUCUCAAUUUGAACGAGGCUUGGUUGGCAGACUUUGGACUAAACUACUAAAAGUAGACAUUACAAAGCUCAAAAGUCAAAGGUUAAUACACUCAGGUAUUUGCAAUAUUCUUAUUGACUAUUGAGGUGAUUAUGUUCAUGUAUACCUUGGGGAAAACCCAUUUAAGUGGAAAGAGAUUUCUAUCGUCUCUACUGUUGGUUCUUUGCAUACACGUGACGCGUUCCAUGGUGUUUGUGCGCAUUUUAUAGUAUGGUUUACAGUAGUUGAAUCUCCCCUUAAUUUAAGAGCACCUCUGUAAUAUGAUCUUAUAUGCACACUUUUCGAAAUACGGAUGUCUCCCUAUUACCGACACCUCUCUAUUAUGGACAUCUCUCUGAUACAGACAUUUGACUAAUGCAGAUUUCUCAUUAUUACGGACACCUCUCAGAUACAUGUGUCAUGUAUUUCUCUAUUACGGACACCUCUCUAAUACAGACAUCUCUCUGUUACGGACACCUCUCUGAUACAGGCAUUUCUCUGUUACGAAUAAUAUUUUGAUUUUUAAAAAUCAAAAUGUUAUUCGGAGUUACUGUUAUUUUGUAUUCUCUGUUUAUACGGACACCUUUCUAGUACAGACACCUCGCUGUUACGUUCAUCUCUGUAAUACGGACACCUCUCUAAUACAGACAUCUCUUUAUUAUGGACAACUCUCUAAUACAGACAUUUCUCUAUUACAGACAUCUCUCUAAUAUAAACACCUCUUUAUUACGUAUCUCUUCUGACUCUAAUACGGACAUCUCUCUAAUACAGACAUCUCUUUAUUAUGGACAUCUCUCUAAUACAGACAUCUCUUUAUUAUGGACACCUCUCUAUUACGGACAUUUCUCUAUUACGGACACCUCUCUAUUACGGACAUCUCUCUAAUAUAAACAUCUCUAUUACGUAUCUCUUCUGACUCUAAUACGGACAUAUCUCUAAUACAGACAUCUCCCUCACUAAACAGACACCUCUCUAGUACGGACAGUUUCCAUGUCCUGUCAAAAUUUGCACAUAUUUUCUUCACAAAAAAAACUUAUCUCAAAUACGGACAACUGGACACUAAAUCUCAGCUGCAAAAAGCAAAUAGUUUACGUACAAGUUUUAACCUCAUGGGCAUUAUAAUGACACUCCAGUCAUCAAUUGAUGGUAGUUUGUGUCCCUUCGUUGCAGUGGCGUAGGAAGAUAUUUUAUGUUGGAUGGUCUGAAAUUUGCGGAGAGCACUAUUAAAUUUAAAACUAUGGGGUACGGAGGCAUGCUCCCUGGAAAAUUUUAAUAAUCCAGGCUCGGAAAUGCCAUUCGUUUUUUGUUAGUUUGAAUACUUACUGAGGGAUUCAAUGAGUUAGCCUAUAAUAGCCGGCAAAUGAAGCAUAAUUGAACUCGAGAGUUAACUGAAGUACUUGUGGAUGGAAAAGAGCUCACAGUACUAAAACGAAAAAGGACUACAUACCAAAUACCAUUUUUUUCCAUAAUUUCUAAUAUCUAUGUGCAUAUAUUGUAAUACAUGACUUAUACAGGAAAUCAUUGCACUUUAUCUAUAUUUUGGGGCUAAGCCCCUUGUGCAAAAUUUUAAGGGAGCCCAAGCACCCCAUAGCCCCCUGGUUCAUAUUCCAACUGCUUCUUUGUCCAUAUUCAUGACUGAAAUCAUGAGAUUCGACCAUACUAUGAUCUUAUUUUAGAUUGUAACGAACACAGCUCUAUGUAUGUUGGGUCUUUGGUUGUGUGUUGAAGUUCUAAGGCGGAUAUUUUCGUGGUUGUUUAUGCAAGAUGAAGGUAAAAUGACACAAUGCUUAUUAGUAUAUUUGCUCUUUUGUGGACGUGUUGAUUUAUUCUCAGGUUUUAUAAUGUUUAGGCAUAGUUUUAAGAUCGAAAAAGACCUUUUUCAAGAUUGUAAGGAUUCUACCAUUUUUAAAGGACAAGGUUUGGAUAUAAUUUAUGUAAAAAUAUAACGUAAAGCUACCGACGAGUAACGACAGUGGCGUACCUCACUUUGGACUAAGCGGCACCCGGCUUAAACGGAAAAACCAAUACCAGUUGACAAUUGAAAGAGCCUGGGUACGAGGUUGUGAUGAAUAUGUUCCGCUUUUUUGUUAUUAUGUCAGGACCGUUAUCUUCUUUACGGCAAGAACCUGCAUUAUAAAAACACUCUGAUUUUCUGGUUAACCUAGAAAUAAUCAUAUAUUCCUGGUAAAUUUCUUGGGUAUUUUAACCUUUUAGACCAGGACUUCCUAGUUAAAUCAACUAUGUUAAGGGUGCUUAGAUAACGUCUGUAGGGCCGCCCAGAUGGGGGAGGGGGGGGGGGCAAACGGGGCAAUUUUCCCCGGGCCCGCAGUUAAAGGGGCCCCAAAAUUUGCAAAAGGGGCCCCCGAAAGGUGUAAGUAAAAAUAAAAUUAUUUGGAACGUUUUUUAUAUAAGUCAUGGUAUGAGAGAAAUCUUUUAGACCUUACUUUUACUGGUAUUGGUCCGAAAAAAAUGUGUUUUAGCCGUGAUUUUACAAGUAUUUGUCCGGAAAAAAUGGGGUUUUUUAACUUUUUUUGUUCGGAUAUGUCCGGGAAAAUCCCCCCCCGCUUGCCAACAUUUCUGGUAAAAAAGAGCCCCCCAAUUAAAAAUUUGCCCCGGGCCCCUGAAUUUCUCUGUGCGGCCCUGAAUCUCUGCAUGGUUAUACUUAUAUAUCCACUAAGCAUAGUCUAGACGUCUAGUUAUUUUAAAAGGAACGUCCUGGUGAAAUAUAACCAGCUCCUUGGUUACACGUAUAUUAACCAGACUAUCAUGGUAGAAAGUGAGAUGAAAUAACCAGGACAUUUUAACCAAUGUGGUUUUAAAACUUGUCACAAUCGCUCAAAAACUUCAACUUCUCGACCCGACUCCCAAAGGAGUAAACCCUAUAAAAUACGAUUUACAACGGUCAUUGUAGAUCACAACAGAAUUAAAUAGCAACAAGGCAGAGAUUGAAAACGAAGUUGGAAAACAAAGAAAAGGCGAAACUUAUGUAACCAAGGUAUAACACAAUCCUUUUUGCUUUUCAAAUCGUAUUUUUACGCCCGUAUUACACUCACACUCACACUCAAUGAGUGGAGGUUCAAUCUGAGCUUCUCUUGAGUGCCAAUGUUGUUUUUUAAUAGCUGGAGGGUGAGUAGUCACAUAGUGAUAGUAAGGUAUGACACUAGCCCUCAAGCUAUUCAAAAACAGCAACGACACUCGAGAGAAGCUCAGAUUGAACUUCCGCUCAUUGAGUGUGAGUGUGAGUGUGAGUGAGCUUUUAGAAUACGGGCGUUAGUGUACUAAAUGAAACAUUGCUCACCUAUCCUGCAUUGAUAUUGUAUUUCUUUUUGUAGCUUCCAAAAACUGGAUUGUCUAAGGUAAACAACAAGACAGAAACCGCAUGUAGCCAUGCGGGUUUUAGACCAAUUAUUUUACAUUAUCUUUGAAAUGCCUUUGAAACCAUACAUUAAAACAACUAAUUCAAAAAUAUUUGUCAAAUACACACUGGAAUUGUUUUCAAAAUCGUUACUAUGGAAAUGGUUCUGUAUACUAUAUGCUAAUAGUGCAGCCUUGAAGGGUUUUUGUAGAUUGAAAAUUCGAAAAUUUAUACAUUUAAUAAGACCUAACAGGAGCAGUUGUGAAAACGGUCAGUAUAAUCUGCAGACUGCAGACCAAGUACAAAAUGCAGAAUAGGUAUAAAUUGCAGACUGAAAUUGCAGACUUGGUAUAAAAUGCAGACUGAGUGAAAAAAAAACGUACAAAACUACACGUUAUAUACACCCGUUUUCAAAAUUAUGCGACUUACCAAAAUAUAAUCUAAGACUCAAAUGUCAGUUUUAUGUCACGAGAGUUGUGGGAACUGCUAAAUAUAGCAAACAUAAGCAAAAUUAAGACAUUUUAAAUCAUAUUUAAUACUGUACCUAAAGAGUAAAGAAGAAUAUUGAACUAAAAUGAGCUAGAUACACAAACUAAAAGAAACAACAAACCAUCACAAAAAUAAAUUUGUGUAGUGAAUGACUUUUAAGUUUGAGAAAAAACAAAUUGUUUAUUAAACCCGCUUACGCCUGACUAUAGCAGUAAUAUUAUGAUUUUGUUGUUCUUAAAUUUUGCAAUAAUUUCCACUAAAAUAUCUUGAAAAUCAUUCUAAACCUUUUUAUAUAAAGCAUCAAAGCUUAUACAUUAACAUGCAUCGACAAUGAACCGCAAAACCCGAAGUUGUAAAUAAUUUGAACUCAUGACAGUAUGACAUAUUAAAAUAUAUGUUUUUUCACAGUCUGUAUUUUAUACCAAGUCUGUAUUAAUUUCAGUCUGCAAUUUAUACCUAUUCUGCAUUUUGUACUUGGUCUGCAGUCUGCAGAUUAUACUCACCGGUUGUGAAAAAUGCAACUGGAGGCCCUCUCGUAGGAAUCUUACCUGUGCAUGGUCUUGCGAUUCCGGUGCAGCGCCCUAACCAACUGAGCUAGGGAGUCCAGUUGUCGAGCUCUAACCACAAGUUCGUGAAAAUAUACCGAGUCUAUGAGGUGAUGCCAUGGUAAGGUAUAAGUGUAUAUCAGAUUCAGAGAGCCUAUAAUUCCAUUUUUUGCAACUUGUUCAAUCUACAAAAGCCUUUCAACUAUCAGUGCUAUCGAGUAAGAUGUUCCAAAUCCCGAUUGUAAUGUACUUGAUGUAAGAACAUCGACACUUUGUUCCCUCCCUGCGACACAACACCGAUAUUUACUCUUAUAGUGUGGACAUAAUGAGUGAUCCAAAAAGGAUUUAUUCCAUAGUAUUGGUUACAUUGCUUUGUCCAAUGGUAGGUUUUCAGUCGGAAGUCAGUUGGCUUGGUACACUUCAUUUUAAGCUACAGAGUCUUAAUGGUUUUUUUUUAGGAUAGGUUACUUAUGCAUAUCAACGAUUAUCAAAAGUUAGGUGAGUAGAGUGCUUGUACUUUUUUGUCUCCGGGGCACAGCGAGCGAGUAUUCAUCCUUGGCGAUGACUUAUCCUCACUCAUGCAUGGCAUAAUCUUCAAGAUCAAGGUUGUCACAUUUAUUACAGACUUUACAGUGCUGCCGGAUACAUUUUCCUGACUACAAUUGUCAACUACGAGUACUACGAAACCAUGCAAGAUCUUACCAAAGCCAUAAAUAAAGCAUUUAGCAAAGUACAGAAGGGGUAACAUUACGAUGACCUUUAAUGCUCGAACUAAAAAAGUAACAAUGCAUUUAAAAAAUGGUUACCAGUUAGAUAUAACAGGAAGAAUGUCGAUUAUUCCAGUUUUUUGGGAAAAGAAACUAAAAAUUACCAAAACGACGAUGAGUCCUUAUGUGGCAGACUUGAAUAGUGCAACGAUGUAGUGGAUUUCCAGACACAAAAUGGAAAGCCCAGCUGAUCUCAUAGUUAUACUGCAUAGAGUACAGAAAUUAUUUAAUAGGCGAAAUAUUACCUGCGCCCAAAGGAACGAUAUAAAGAUAAAAGGAAACGUGUUUGCCAAUUUUUGGCAACAUACAAAGCACGUCCGAAAGCUACACUAAUUUGUUGCUGCGAUGUUUGAAAGUCCCAGUGACCUAACACUCCACACUCCACAGAGCAUCUUGGCACCAUAGGAAUAUUCAAUUUUUGUUCUUAGGGAAAAUUUCGUGGGAGAUGGGUUCUGGCGUGGUGUAUCAUGGUGGAAAGGAUCUUACUGAGAUACAGACACAGGUCAUUGAUUUGCAAACUCUUUCGAUGUUCGGGAACAUUGGGUUCGAAUUCGAUUCCUGUUUGAGACAAUCAGAAAUUUAUAUUUCAGCAUGUGUCUCGCAGACUCCCUUUGAACACCUCGUCUAACAUAAAACAGGGAUGGCAGGGCCGUACACAAGCGGCACCCCUCCUCCCGUAAAAAUGCAACAAUUUUUAUAACGUUUUUAUAAUGGCCGUGAGCGAGGGUCAAGUCCCCCCAACCCCAAUGUUGGAUUCUCGGUAAACUAUGUUAGCCCACCUAGUCAUGGUCCCUUCUGUGUAAAGUAUUAACAAAAAAUGGAAGAAUAACCUUAACUUGUUCAAAGACCGUUAGUAUACUGCAAAUUUAUAUACGUUUAUUAGAUCUAAUAAAUUAGGUAGUGGCGUAAAUCUUCAGUUAUGGGCCCCCGGUUGAAGUAGUUUGGAGGGCCCCUUGCUUAUGCAUAUUCCCCAAAAUUUUUUACAAUGCUAACCCUACGAAUUGAAUUUUGGACGAGCAUGAGGAACACGAGGUCCAAAUAUUGCACCAAAUUGUGCAACAAAAUUUGCGAGAGUAUAUUAUAGCUACUGAAUAUAACUAUUACUACAUGAAUUCAGUGGCGUGCUGGCAGGGGGGGGCCCGGGGGCCACGCCCCCCCCCCCCAGCUGGCAAUUUUUGAGGGGCGCAAAAAUGAAAAGGGGGCGCCGAUCCCGCGCCGAAUUUUGAAAGUGGGUGGGAAGAAACGCAUUCGAAAAAAUAUAGUUACUAAUUCCGCCAAGGAAAGAUGUGUUUAUAGACUUAUAAACAGACUAAGCGCAUAGGCGACAAAGUGAGUAUAUUAAAUUGCAGACUGUUUUGUCCAACCGUAUUUGCUACCUCACGAUUCACACGAAAUCACUCGUUCAUAUAGAAACAUGAUUAGUGAUCACACGCAAUGUCUCAUUACCGGAAUAUUGAUCAGGUUUCGAAGCGAAUAAGCGAUCACGGGAAUUAUGCCCUUUUUUGCUGGUAUUAUGCCCUUUAUUAUGCUUCACGAAUCACGAGAGCGACGCAAAUUAGAGAGUUGAAGUUAUGAUAAUGUAAAGUUGUGUACGCAAUUUAGUUGUUUGCGCAAGAAACAUCAUGAGUAAUGUAAGUAACGAGAUAUAAUGCUGAAACGCGCCCUUUUGGCAGACAAGCAAGAAAACCUUAAAAUGCAUGUGCGUGGGGUCUGUGUGUUAUUGUAUAAAAGAGCUGCAAGUUGUCAAUGUAUUCAGAUCAGUAGAGAAUAGAAUUGGGAUUAGAUUAAUUGCUGGAAGUAGUUAGCAUUGCCCAAUUUAAGUACUACUACUAAAUUCUAACCAAUUUUCAAAUUUCGACACGUUGUAAUGCCGUUUCCUAACCAUCAGAUUUCUGUCAAAUCUUCCCCCAAAGUCCAGGGAAUGGCUUUUCAGAGACUCUAAAUUCAAAAAUUUUCCUGGGGAGCAUGCCCCCGGACUCCCCUAGACAAACCUCGCACCUGUGGCGCUCGGCUCGUGCCUUCGGCCCUCGUUUAUCAAGCGUAAUAUUAUAGGGGCGCAUAUUGGUUGCCAGCCGACUGGCCCCCCCAGAAAAAUAGUACCCAGCACGCCACUGCAUGAAUUAUAACACUGUAAACACUGCAAAAAAACCAGCUCCGUUUUCUAUUGCUUAAAUUAAGCAACAGCAACAGCAACAACAACAUAGUUCAUAACAAUUAAUUAAUAUACUGACAAGGUGUAAGCAAACACAAUUUAAAUUGCCACCAAAUUGCUUUAGUUAAUUGACUGUUAAAUUUAGUUGAUCCGGUCUUUUUUUCUUCAAAUAUAUCAAUCGUUUUGCCAAUUUCAAACCUUUUUUGCCUCUUCAACUUCAAUAUAGAAUUUACGGCAAGUGCAUUAACUUUUUCCUAUGCCAUUGUGGAUCCAAAAUAGUUUUUUAGAAUAUUAAGUUAACUAGUAAAUGAUCGCCUAGCGGCAGUGGCAACAGCCAAGGGCCCCCUAAGAAGUUUCUUCUCCAGGGCCCCUGGUUUCGGCCAGGUUGGGCCCCUAGUAGUUACGCCACUGAAAUUAGGUCUAAUAAAUGUAUGUAAAUUUAUACUCGAGGACGGUUGACCAUCCUCUACCGUACACAAUACUCUUUAGGGUGGGCCUGUAAACUCAUCGGAGUGAGUCCAUAGAUAUCUUAUAUACACUAGAUAGCGCAUCUCUUUUAGUAAAAUUGAAGCCAAGAAUAUUCCAGCGGUUACCCCCAUUUGAAUAGAUGGCGGCCAUGUUGGAGUUUCCCACUCGCUAAUAAACGCUUAAAAAAACAACAAUAACUUUCAUCAUUUGAAUAGUUUGAAAAUGUAUUUGGAGUAGGUUUACCUUAAUAUUUAAGUUCCGUGUUUAAGAAAUAGAAAACAUUCGAGUCUUCUCAUUUCAUGGGAAUAUCCUGAGUCUGUAAUCACGGCUUCAAUUUUUGAAUUGCAGAAUAAUUAGAUGCACUAUCUAGUGUAUAUAAGAUAUCUAUGAGUGAGUCGUUAACGCAUUCGAAAUUCAAUUUGUAUUCAUGUGAGAACAAGCCUGUAGCUGAGGGGGGCCUGAGGGGCAGUGCCCCUAUCCAGAAAUAAAAUUAAAACCACUCCCCCCCCCAAAAAAAAAAACAAAAAAAAACACAAAACGUGUUCUUCCUUAUUUUAAUUCCUUAGUGGAAUUGAUCCACUUAUUCCAUUUCUUUAUUCUGUCAGGUAUUCAGCAAAUUUUUGUGGUCAAAUCCUCUACACCCUGAAGUCUUUCCAGGCGGUUAGUGAAAACAAUCUUGGUGCUUCUAUCACAUACGUCUAUCAUCCCAAUUAUUGAAGGGAUUCGUAGAUGGAAAUUUCGUGUGAAUUUUUGUUCAUUUAUUAGACCUAACCAACAGGUGGGAAAUUUGUCUGAGCAUGCGCGAGCAAAAUGAGUCACGCAAUUGAGUGGAAUACACGCAACGCGUGUUUACAAAAAGGCAGAAUCGUGUAAAUAUUGCCAAAUGUUUGUACCGAAUAAAUGACUGUUUUAUGUUGAAAAUGGACAUGAUCUAAAUUAAUCAUACAGAAUUUUUUAGUGACGUUCCAUUUCAGUACCCUGCCAUUGUCUCUGGUGGGCUGUCCAUGUGCAUUCGAUCUGAAACAGUUGCUACUUUGCUGUCGAAGAAUUUCGAAUGUUUACAUGAAAAUAGAGGCAAGUCAUGCAUUUUACAACCUCUCAAACUGUAUGAGCCCCUAUUUUUACGCUUAUACCUAAGAUAUCAAAUAAAAGUACAUGAAACAGAGAACAUUUGUAGAAAGUUUUAUCGUGAGGCCACGGCCAGUUUUUAAAAUAUCUUUAUUUCUGUUCCGGUCAUCACCAAAAUUACACAAAAGCCGGGCUUGAAUAUACAACAAAUUUUGAAUCUCAUCAAGCACAAAAAUACUUAACGUGUAACCAAAAUAUGCUCGUGAAAUCGAAAUUAAUAGCUAAAUUUUCAAACUAGACCCUUCUCGAAGCGGUUUUCAUGAAGGAAGUUCACAUUUCGGCCUUUGAUUCUUGGCAAAAAUUUGACCACAACACGUGCGAAGCAACUGGAUCUCAAAGACUGAACUAAAACAUUGUGAGCCCCUAUUUUCCUGACGAUAUGUUUGAUACCUACAAACGCCGAAAAGUUGUUUCUUUUCAUUUAGCUAUAUUUGAAAUUGAGGCCACGGGCUAUUUUUGAGAAAAUACAGUUCAAAGUCAAGCUAUUUUUACAUAUUUUCAAAAUUUGUCAAAUUUCGCAAGCUUGUAUUUUGAACUUAGACAGCUGAAGUUACAUUAAGAAACAUAGGAUGGAAAAUUUGAGGCAUAUAAAGUUAAUUUCAACUUACAUUUCAUUCUCAAAUCACGUCUUUCUUCGUUUAUUACGGUUUUAAACAAGCCAUAGAUCGACGUGUACGGUAUUUACUCCCAUGUUCACGUCGCCAUAUUAACUUCUUCCAAUCACGCGAUUACAAAACAAUCCUCCCAAAACAAAGAAUUCAUGAUCGACUUUUAAAAGAAUAACCAAUAAUUUGUAAAUCGUUGAAUGGAAAGCAAAAAAUCGUCAGCUAAAACAGCCCCUUGCUAACUUUCUGCUUUGUUUUGAAUGUAAAUGCAAUGAGCUUUGUUUCUGCCCGCAAUUUUUUGGUCAGCGACGACAAAUUUCCCACCUGUUGACCUAACCAGGAUUCCUAAAAAUUCCACUCGAAUGGACCAUUUGCAUUAUAGACUAAAUUUUGAUCUAGACAAAAAUGUCAUCACAGCUUGAAAGAGCAUCACAAAAUGAGUAAUAUUCCAAAGUUUCGUUGCGAAAUGUUGUAAAAUGCGGAUAAUAUAGCCUUGCGAAAUUUGCAAUUUUCAGUCAUUUUGUAUUACAAACGGGAAAUUAAUGCCCCAACACCCGAUUGGGCUGUCAAUUUCCCGUGCGUAAUACAAAAUGACUGAAAAAGAGCAAACUUCGCAUGACUGUAUUAUCCGCAUUUUACAACAUUUCGCAACGAAACUUUGGAAUAUUACUAAUUUUGUGAUGCUCUUUCAAGCUGUGAUGAAAUUUUUGUCUAGAUCAAAAUUUAGUCUAUAAUGCAAAUGGUCCAUUGAGAUGCCCAAAAUCCUGAUAUGUACCCAUACACCAUACAUUGGCAUCGCCUUAGUAUUUAUAUACGAACUUCUGAUUAAAGCAAAGCUCGACAACUUUCUCUCUGUAUCUAAGUCAGUUAGAGCGCUGCAUUGUAAUCGCAGAGCCGCAGGUUCGAUUCCUGCAUGCCAGAGAGCCUAUAGUUGCAUUUUUCGCAACGACUCCUGGUUAGGUCCAAUAAAUGUAUAGAAUUCACACUCGAUAUUUCCAUCUACAAACCCCUUCAACAAUGGACCAAUCCCAUAUUAAUCAAAAUUUUGAUCUCAACAAGUCUAGACAAAAUUCCAUCACAGCAUUAAAGAGCAUCACAAAAUUAGCAAUAUCCCAAAGUUUCGUUGCGAAAUGUUGUAAAAUGCGGAUAAUAUAGCCGUGCGAAGUUUGUAAUUUUCAGUCAUUUUGUAUUACAAACCGGAAAUGUUUACCAUUUCGGAUAAUUUCCCGCGCGUAAUACAAAAUGACUGAAAAUUGCAAACUUCGCGAGGCUAUAUUAUCCGCAUUUUACAACAUUUCGCAACGAAACUUUGGAAUAUUGCUAAUUUUGUGAUGAAAGCCGUGAUGAAAAUUUUGUCUAGACUUGUUGAGAUCAAAAUUUUGGUUAAUGUGGGAUUGGUCCAUUAGUUCUAUCUAGUGAGAUGCCCCAAAUCCUGCUGUCUAAUAUCCCAAUCUAUUACUAUAAACAUAAAUUCCAUUUCAUUAUUUGCUCUGUUUUCAGUGCGCAAGAUGGAGGCUGAAGUGAUUCAAAUGUGUGUUCAGUUGUUUAAUGGCGAAGAUGAUUCUUGUGGAACGGUAUGAAUUCAACUUUGGUGUAACGUAACGCAGAGUGUGGCGAUUUUUUUUUCAGUGAGGGGCGCCUACAUGUAUAUAUUUCGCGUGCAGUAUAGUGGGGUUCUUAGCCGUGAAAUUUGAUCGAUGAUUUUCUGAAGCUGUUAUGCAUGGUGGCCGUAUGGUUUCAAAUCUAUUUUUAUGUGCUUGUGAACGAAAAUUGGAUUUAGUCAAAGGAACUAGACUGAGUUCCGAGAUAUGAUCCACUCGAACCGACCUGACCUCGUAGGUCAGUUGAUAGAGCAUUGGACUAGCAAACCAAAGGUCGUGGCCGUUCGAUUCCCACCCCGGUCAACCAAAUUUUCAGCUUGCAAUUGCCCGGUGUGGACUCAGAGACAACAUCACAAACAUAUAUCUUCACCUGACUACAUAACACCAGAAAUAAGAAAAUAAAUGUGUUUCGUGAAUCGUUUGUUUUACGUAAACAGUUUUUUCAGGAUUGAAUAGGGAAUCCUGUUGUUUUCCUUGUCUAUUGUUUAUCUUGACUGCCUUGCGACCAAGACAUCGAGCUUCGAACAGUUCAGCACUGGAUUAGGAAAUAUUUCAUAUUUCGUGAUUGCCUCAACUUCUUCGCAAACUUGAAAGAGUUUCUUCGAUUUUUCGCGGCUCGUAAAAAGAAUAAAUAUUUUUACAUGAAUCCAUCUUGUAGAGGGAUGUACUGUAGGGGGCCUUCUUUUCUAGAUAUAGCAUCUUGAUAUAUUGUUAUCGUUAUGUAUUCUUAGAUGACAGCAUCUGGCACAAAUAGUCUUCUCAUGGCGUGCAAGACAUAUAGAGAUUGGGGCAGAGAUGUAAAAGGAAUUACUAAACCUGAAAUGUAAGCACAUAUUCCCAUAUAGUCUUUAUACCAGUCCUACAGUCUGACAUUUAAUCUAUGCAUUGAAUCCACACUCGUGCAGUAUUAUUUGAUUAUAUAUUGUUAAAAUUUUCAUGAACAUUACUUAAGUUCUAAAAUUUGUGAAAGGCACUUUGAAAUCAUACAAUAACUUAACUGCAUGGACAUUUUAAUUUAUCUAGAGUCGUUGCUGUAUCAGCUCAUGCCGCUUUUGAAAAGGUUGGUAUACAGUAUUUCAAAUGUAGGGGUCAAUAUAGUAUAUAUCGGUCGUAUUCUACAAUAAGCUGCUGUGGUUGGUGUCUGAACUACCUGAAAAAUAGAUACCUUAAACGUGGGAAUUAAGUGUACUGGCCUACUGGGUAGUAUUAUGCAGUAAACUGCCGAUCGUACGUUGUGUUUGAACAUUCUGAAAGAUACGUGGAGUCCAAUGAUGUGACUAAACUACCUGAAAAAUAUAUCUGGGACCCAAUUUAGGCAGUAUUCUACAAUAAGCUGCCAUGGUUACCGUACCCAAGUGUGGUUGGUGUCCGAACUACCUGAAAAAGAUAUCUCAAGCGCGGCUAUCCAGUAUAGGUAGUAUUCUACAACAAGCUGCCGUAGUGCCGUGGUGCGUACCUGGACUACCUGAAAAAGAUAUCUCAAACGUGGGGACUCGAUUUGCGUAGUACAGAAAUUCCACCACAGAAUAAGAAGGUACAGGAGAAGUGUAACUCAAGCAAGUAUUUGUCCGCGUUUUUACAAGCGAUUCGUCAUCAAUCACGCCAUCCUGGCUAGUACAACCGGCACUUUGCACCUACCAAAACCUGAUAAAAACUUCCGGUUGUUACUAGCCAGGAUGGCGUGAGCGAGUUAAAAUUUUCGUGGACGUAAAACAAUAAGGGAACCGACUCGAGUUACACUUCUGCUGCACCUUCUUAUUCUUGUGAUUCCACACUAAGUUGCUGUGGUUUGCGCCCACACUAUCGGAAAAAAGAUUUAAAAACACUUUGAUGUUUCGAGCGCUUUCGCGAGGAGACCAGUUACACUGCACCCAUGCACACGUUUCAGAAAUUGUGUUUUAUCUAUCUAUAAAUUAUUUACAGGCAUGCCAAAAUAAUUUUGUUGCAUUCUUUGAUUCAAAGGCGGCAGAUUACUUUCAAAUGAAAAUUGUGAAAAUUCCUGUGAACGAAAAGAAAAGAAGUGUCAAUAUCAAAGCAAUGAGAAAGGGCAUCACAAGAAAUACUGUCAUGGUAUGGGCGUAAUGCCUAAAUUUCAUAUGAUGUAUAUCUUAUCGCAUAUGACGUGUAUCAAAAUCUCAUAUGACGUCAUCAAAAUUACAUAUGACGCAACAUCUAAAUGUCUUAUGACGCGAUGUCUGCAUCUAAUUUGAGAUCUAGAUCUAGAAUUCUAGAUCUCAUUAUUUAAUUUUUUUACAGCUAGUUGGUUCAGCACCAGAAUUUCCAUCAGGGAUCAUAGACAAUAUUGAAGAAAUUGCCAAAGUGAGUAGAAAUACGAAAACAAACCGCAACAGGUUUUCACUAAAUUCCUCAAAAGCUUGAGGGUUUAGCUGAUUUUUGGCAAGCAGUGGGUCCACAAUAAACUUUUUACGUGUUUUGUUAUGUUUGUUACGUGCAACGAGUUGACAGGGAAAGGACACGGACGUAAACAGUGGGCAAGGAAAUGUGGCUUUAUUAAGGUCGUUUUUCACGAGGGACGAACGAACAUCUUUUAAUAAACAUGCGCUGUAGCUGUCCAGCUUGACAGUUUUCAACUUUCGUUUUAGCCCUCACGUACUGCCAUGAAAAUCCAACUACACGCGCGACUAAUUAUACACGCGACCAUAAUGGAAAACGGCCUCUAAGGAACCGGUCAUUAUUUAUGGCGGAGGGUGGCAUUCGGUGGUUUUUCUUGGUAAAAAUGUUGCUGACCCAACUAUUAAAAUUUAAGAAGUCAAAAAGAAUUUGGCCAACCUCAACGAUCAAAUAAAAAAUAAAUACCCAUCCCUGGCCAAAAGCUUUACAAAAGGAUACCGUUCAGUUAUCACACAUGUCCUGUACAGCACUACUUCUGUGACAUGUGUUUGAUAACUGCUUGUGCAAUUUUCAGUAGUUUCUUACGUUCUCUGCACAUAUACUUUAUUGGAGACACCAUUUGCGUCCUGACAAAUCAGAAAAUGGUCAAGAUAGUGAUUCCGAUUGAUUUAUUGAUUGAUUUACAUAUUGUAUUGACAUAUGACUGUUGACAUUGCUUUUUAGUCUUCAAUUUUUGAGUGAAUCAUGCUUUGAAAAUGACAAUACACUUUUAUUUCCCAACCCUUGGGUUGUUUUGUUUUUCAUUUACCGAACCUUUUACUCACACAAAAUUUUGUUUACCCAACCUCCCGCCAUAAAUAAUGGCCAGUCAUUUCUUGUCACUAAGAACUUUCUUGUGUAGCGCAAUUUGCAGUAUCUUUGCUUGAUGCAUAUGUAAUUUACCUGUAAACAUAACGUAUCACGUUUCCUGUAAUUUUUCUUUCACAGCUUGGUAAAAGAUACAACAUCGGUGUCCAUGUUGAUGCUUGUUUAGGAGGCUUUGUGCUGGCAUUCAUGAAGGCUGCGGGGUUUGUUUUCUCAUUUUCUUUAACUUAAUAAGCGUUUCUUUUAUUGAAUGGAUGGGAGAAACUUCUCCAUUUUCAGUAGAGUUUUUAAACAUUAAAAUGUCUGGAAAAUGAACAAUAUAAUUUUAAUGUAUGAGGAAAUUUCUGCUACUUAUUUCAUACUUUCCAGACACAUUUCCUCAAAUUUGCUAAGCUUCUAUAUACUCUUGGAUUCUUCUUGCAGUUUCAACGUACCGGCAUACGAUUUUUCUGUUGACGGCGUUACGAGUAUUUCAGCAGAUGCUCACAAGGUAAUAUAGCUGAAGAAAAUGGAUAUGACAGAGGGAUGUGAAAGUUUUAAGACGACGUGAAGUUAUAAAAACUGCCGUGGUUUGUGGUGUCUGAAUUGCCUGAAAAAGAUAAAACAUUUCAACGUUUCGAACGAAGGCCCUUCGUCUGGAAAUUGUUAAUGGCCAAUUUGGCUCCAGACCAAUUGUUGAUGAUGAUGAUAGUGAUGAUGGUGGUGAUAAUCAUGGUGGUGAUGAUAUUGAUGGUCAUUGUAAAGAUGUUGAUUAUAAUGAUAGUGGUAUUUUGCAUGGUGAUGAAGAUCAUCAUCACCAUCAUAAUCACAACGCAUGAUGAUGGGUGUGAUUAUGAUUAUGAUGAUUGUGAUGAUGAUGAUUGUGAUGAUGAUUGUGGUGAUGCUGAUGGUUGUAAUAUUAUGAUGGUGAUGAUACUACGAGUUUAUCCACUUUUUUAAAUCAAAUUCUAGUAUGGCUGUGCACCUAAAGGAUCAUCUGUCAUCUUGUAUCACUCUCACUCCCUAAGACACUACCAAUACCACACAAGCACGGAAUGGACAGGCGGUAUCUACGCAACUCCAACCAUCUCGGGAUCGCGACCUGGGGUUCUGAUUGCACAAUGUUGGGCGAGCAUGAUGCAUCUUGGGAAAUCUGGUAAGAUUUCAGUUUUCCGCCAAGCACUAUCGGUGCAGCGGAUGUUUAACUGAUAAUUAUCAGAGUUAGAGAAUAAUUACUCUUACUUAUUAACCGAGGGAAACAUAUGUUUUAAGGACCCGAGACCGCCAAUGGAGACCUUACGAUUUUAGGACGGCAACCACGGCGGCGACGGCCAAAACGGUAGUCAAAUAUAUGGUAGUCGAUAGUUCGUCGUAUAUUAUCAAUCGUAUGAAUUUAAUACAGUUUUAGAAGUGGAAGACAUGGGUUUUAUGUUUGGGAAGAGUUCUGCUAAACCUGGUUUGAAGUUGCACUUGUUGUGGCUUGGAAUGCAGCCGUUGUGUCAAGACGUGAAAAUCUGUGAUUUGGCGUUGUAAACAGAGCGAGGACAAUGUCUAAAUUAUUCAUAUAUUGUAAUUACUCAUUUCUUUUCAAUGAUCUAUUGUAUUGGUAGCCGUUGCCGUCGCGUUGCCGUCCUAAAAUCGUAAGGUCUCUAAUGUACUGAAGCAAAGAACGAGAGAAACACUGUUUUCGAACGUCCCAGUCAAUAAGUUAUUUUUAUAUACCAAUUGUUAAAGAAAGGCAAGCUAACAAAUGAAACAAGAAAGCUCCAUAGUUUUUGCUCCAUAACCAAACGAUUUUUUUGUUCUCUGGUGGAUAAAAAUACUGUUCAUCGCUCAGAGCUGUUGGCACGCUUGUUGGCACGCUUGUUGGCACGCUUGUUGGCACGUGAUAUGUACUCGUAAUGAGAUGCACGGAUGCAUGAAUUUUGACACUUGGUAUAGUGUAAUAUUGUGUAAUUUCGCUGCUCCUUUGAGUGUCAACAUCUCUGAGGUUGAUCACCAUCUGCUUCCCCAUAACGCUAUUGAAACCCACCAAUGGACCAUUUGCAUUAUAGACUAAAUUUUGAUCUAGCCAAAAAUUUCAUCACAGCUUGAAAGAGCAUCGCAAAAUUAGUAAUAUUCCAAAGUUUCGUUGCGAAAUGUUGUAAAAUGCGGAUAAUAUAGCCUUGCAAAAUUUGCAAUUUUCAGUCAUUUUGUAUUACAAACGGGAAAUUGAUGCCCCAACACCCGAUUGGGCUGUCAAUUUCCCGUGCGUGAUACAAAAUGACUGAAAAACGGCAAACUUCGCAAGGCGAUAUUAUCCGCAUUUUACAACAUUUCGCAACGAAACUUUGGAAUAUUACCAAUUUUGUGAUGCUUUUUCAAGCUGUGAUGAAAUUUUUGUCUAGAUCAAAAUUUAGUCUAUAAUGCAAAUGGUCCAUUGCGAUACUUUCACUUUUGUUCAGGAUAUAUAGAGGCAACUAAACGCAUUGUGAAAACGACAAGGUCAAUAAGAGAUGGGUUGGUAUCUUUCAAUAUUGUUGGAUUUUUUUUCAAAAUUCUCAUAUGACUGGAAGGUUGGAAUGAUUAGUUUAAUGCGAGAAAUCUGAAACUGUGAUUGUUAAAAGCCCACUCGAACCUGUGACACUAUGCAACCACGUGGUCCCGGAAGGGAGGGGCGCUAAACAAUAAUGUUGGGUAAUGUUGGACCAACAUGUUGGAUCGACUAGUUAGAACGGGCCUCAUUGUGAAAUUGACCCAACUAAUUAACAAAUAGAUACGAUUUUGCCGUUGUCUGUUCAGUUCUAGAUACACAGAAUGAUGUCAUAAUGUGGAUACAGAUACACUGUAUGACGUCAUAAAAUUCUUCCUGCAUUAUGAUGUGAUACUGUGUAUCUAUAACUGAACAGACUACGGCAAAAUCUUAUUUAUUUGUUUUAUAUAAUAAAAAGAAAACCCCGAAUUAAACAGGUCAAUAGCUGACUUUUUAUGCACCCCAACAUUUGGAAAUUUGAAGAAGUCGAAAUUUUACAAAUAUUACGCAUACAUGAUCUUGUGUGAGGAAUUUGUGUGACGUAAUUCCGUGCGUUUGUCCUCUAAUAGAUCAUGACUGUCGACCAAUGAAAGCGCUUGAAUUCUUAAAGUUAUUAUAUAAAUUGUCCUAGACUACGGCAAAGCAAAGGCGUGUUCGUAUUUGGUGACCCAGAGGUGUGCGUGGUGGCUUUCGGAUCUAAAGAGUUCGACAUAUUCGCGUUAGGAGAUGAACUCGCCGCUCGAGAUUGGAAAUUAAACGCUUUGCAGUUUCCUUCCAGGUUUGUCAACAUAUAUAUACUUAUACAAGCUAUAGUAACUUUUUGUAACCAUGAAUUCUUCUGUCUCAUGGUGUAGUAUACUCAGGUGAAUAUGAUGCUAGUGAUGUUACUCUGAGUGUAUAUCCACAUCGGGCAAGCUUAGAAAAUAUGCCUGGCCACGGUGGGAAUCGAACCUACGACCUUUGGAUACUAUAGCCCAAUGCUCUACUGACUGAGCUAGCGGUCAGGUCUUACCACCUUUGGAUACUAGCCCAAUGCUCUGCCAACUGAGCUACGUGGUCAGGUCGGUUCGAGUAUACGAUAUUUCGGAACAGAAUCUAGUUCCCUCGAUAUCCAUGUAAUCUAGUAAUCAUGAAUUUUUCUGUGUUGGUGUUGUGUACUCAGGUGAAUAUGAUGCUUGUGAUGUUACUCUGAGUGUAUAUCCACACCGGGCAAGCUUGAAAAAUAUGCCUGGCCACGGUGGGAAUCGAACCUACGACCUUUGGAAUACUAGCCCAACGCUCUGCCAAUUGAGCUAUGCGGUUUUUGUAACCAAUUGUACUUAAAGAGAACGUUUAUUAAAUGAAUGCAUGAAUGAACAUCUUGGCUUCACUUUUCUGAUAGGCCGAAUGAGUGAAGUUCUUGCUCCAGUUAUAUAUAGAGCUCAGCGAGUUAGCCAUAUAAAACUACUCCUAUUCAACGAAAUGACAAUUAUUAUUAACCAGGAAAAUGUUAGCCUACGGUCAUAAAAAAAUUUAUAUUCUUAAACGAAAAUGCUCUUAAAACUGUAUAUAUUGAAGAUAUUUGUUCCCAUGCUUAGUUCUUGAGAUUUUUCAUUUUGUUUGUAACCAUGUGACGUCAUUUACUUAAUUACAUAUAUAAUGAGAUAUCAGUAUAUGUUGUGUAUAUUUGCUAUUUUUAUCAAAAUCUUUUCAAAGACGCGGCACGUUUGUUAAUUUAACCUACAUUAUUAAGCAUACUGUCUUUUUUAACAAAUUCAUCAAAAAUAGCAAAGAUACUGACUCUUCCAAGUCCCUCAUCCGUGAUUUUUUACGCAUUCCCAUUAAGCCCCGUGCUCCCAUUGUUUUUCCACUGAUCUCUAUUCCCAACUGAAGCGACGAGGGACGAGGCAGGCAAAGAUACACAACUAUUACUGAUAUCUCAUUAUAGAUGUAAUUGAGUAAAUGACGUCACAUGCAUGGUUACAAACAAAAUGAAAUAUCUCAAGAACUAAGCAUGAGAACAAAAAUAUUCAAAACAAGUUACUAUACAGUUUUAAGACAGUUUUCGUUUGAGAAAAUAAAAAUUUGAUGACAGUGCCACUUUAACCAGAAUAUUUUUAGAUGCUUAGUGAAAUCACACCUGUAGAAAUAAACCAUGUGUCUAUAUCUAUGUGUGUCUCAUUCUGUGCCUUUGUGUACGAUGUAUCUGUCCAUAUAUUUGUUUAUCCAUCUCUUAUAUUUGCUCUCUAUUCCAAGAAUAUCAUAAAUUCAUCUCUCCUACAGCCUACAUAUCUGUGUUACUCUACCGAUGGCAAAAUCAGGGGUUGCUGAAAAGUUCCUUCGAGACGUCCGAGAAUGUAGCAAUAAAAUUCUAAGAAGUCCAAACUGGCAGACUACUGGCGUGGUAAGUUGAUUUUUCAACAUUUCACGAAAUUUCUAUAACUAAAACUUGGACAUAAUCCUUGAGGCCAUUCCAGCCAAUAUUGCAAAGUUAGUGUACAUUGACAAAAGAAAUUUCUUCACCCCCUCUCCCAGUUCAAUGUUGUAAACGACGCCGAAAUAAACUUUUGGUAAUUUACUACGACACAAACUCAACAUUGAGUUGGUAAAACCAUAUUUUACGUUCAGAGAUGUGUACAAACAUUGUGUAAUAGGUCAAGGUUAUGGUGGGGUCCUGGGGUUAGGGUAUAUAUUUCGUGUAGUGCUACAUAAAGUACAUGCCGAAAAUUGAGAAUAUACAUUAAUAUCACACUGUUUAUGAGUUAGAAUCAGCGGUUAGGGCGAAACAUGAAUCUACAACCAAAAUUGAAAUAUUUGCGUUUUAUACAGUGCUGUGGGACAAAAUUCACUAUAUAAGUUUGACAUAUAUUUAGAACUUAUCCGAUUAAAGUCAACUACAUGAUUAUUGCAAUGAACUGCGCAUGUUUCAGUGUGUUUGUGAAUUAUGAUUGUACGACUCAUAUCCAAUUUUGCCCUUCAUUACAUUACUAUAGACUUACCACAAGUCGACGUACUUCUCUAAUUUGACUUCUUUACCAUAAUUAUCAAAUGCGAGCGAUGAAGGGUCUAGUGCGAGAGGAGGCGAGCGACGACCCUCGAUAAAGAAAAAGAACUUUGCGAAAGUCUACAUUUCUACAAAGUUUCUUUCGAGAGAUUGCAAUAAAAGGGUACUCGACGUAAUAUUUCAAAUCCGACUAUAGUAGACUGGACUAGAAUCAAACUCGUUCUGGGGACGAGGUUGGACUAUAGAGUCCAAAUUGGAGGAUUUGAAAUGACAUCUCAUACGAAUAAAUCACCACUCAAAGUGAGGUGAAUUAAUUUUGAUCCACUCCAAGACUGAAUUAAUUUUGAUCCAGUCUAGGACAGGAUAAAUAUGCUUCACCUGGUAUACAGUAUUCUCUUGUGAGCAAAAAAGAAAUUGCCUAAUUUACUCAUGAAUUAUUAGUGAAUUUGAGAUACAGAGAUGAAUGCCAAUCAGUUUUUCAAUUUUACAGACAAAGUUUCUUGCAAAGUGUAGACCCAUGAGCAACACAUAAAAAUUUAUCAAAUUUUCACUUUGAUCUCUCUUAUAACCUUUCCCAUAGGGAUGUGCAUGGCAUGGGGAGCGGGGCGCACCUCAAAUACACAGAGCCUAAAAUAAGUAUAGGUUAUUUUGAGGCAACGAGGGGAUAUGAUUUAUUCACCGAGGGGCCCAGCGCCGAGGUGAAUAAACACAUGCAUAUCCCCGAGGUGCCUCAAAAUAAUAUAACGUACUUAUUUUUCACAUUGCGAGGUCGCGCUAAUGAGUCAGAAUAGAAAUAAUUCUUAAUGCCAUAUUGCCUUCGUGAUGUUGUUUUUUCUCAUUUUUUGUGCUGCAAAGACAUUGCAGGUGAAUAUUAGAGGGGAUUAUUAGAGGGAAAUUGAUUAGAGGGGAAUAUUGAAUAUAUUCCCCGAUAAGAACAAAGGAAACCGAGCAGGGUGAAAAAUAACGUGUUUUAAUUCUGGUCGCUGUAAUUAUGUGACAUCAUCGUGAAAGGUGCCUUUUAAAUCCUUUACGUAUAAUUAUUUUGUAGGGUGCAAUUUACGGUAUGGCUCAAAAGAUACCUGACAGAUCUAUGGUUAGAGAGUUGGCAAAUCAUCAUUUAGAUUGCAUGUAUUCAACCAAAAUCCACUCAUCUGAAAAUGGUAUAUAACUACACAACAAUUAGAACUUUAAACAACACAAUCACUUUUGUUCAAUCACACAUUACAAAAUUCACAAUGUAAAUAAUGAAUGGUUAUUAUGUUUAUUUAAUAUGAAGGAGUAUUAUGCAGUUGAUGUUGUGUUUGAUAUUGAACACUAAAUAGAAAUUUAAAAAGUAACAAUAAUAGACUCACUGCAUGGCAUUGCAGUUGAGCUAUACCUAUACCCUGGUUCCAGAGGCUCUUAAAGAACGGCGAGGCGAAAUAAAUGCGACGCGAAGAGCCUCUGGUCAAAUCGAUUGCAAAUCUCACUUCCAUACUUCGCGUUCUUUUAAUAAGAGCCUCUGGAACUAGGAUAAGCUAUACCGCGACUCGCAAAAAUGGCGGCACAAAAAUUACAAGAGUUUUGCGAACCAGAAAACAGCGCAAAUUGAUCGCUUUGAAAGGGAAAAAGACACAGCAAUAAAACUCCCAAAAACUUUGACAGGCUAGCAAAUACAUUUAGUGUAUAGAAACUGAUUUAAAUACCAGUUCUUCAAAGAAACAAUACGAUCGAAAGAGCAGCGAAAAAAACAUGUUAAAAACGAGAGAAUAUAAAUUGUUCAGAAAAAGUCGUAAGGAAAAGCCGCGAAUACACUUGCAGUCAACAAGCACUUGUCGUUAUACUUUAUUAAAAACAUCUAUGUGUAAUAUCAGCUUAUCUGGGCAUAAUAAUAUCACUUUAUACAGGACUAGAGCUCAUGAUACAAUAUUACUAUAAUUAUGGACAAAAUAAUAUUUUAAUAUUUAAUAAUAAAUACAGCGUACAACUAAUAAUAAAUACAGCGUACAGUUAUACGGAUUACGGAAACAAUAAAAUGUAUACUAUAGGUACACUAAAAUAGACAGACAAACAUAUAUCAAUAUAUUGGACAAAAAACAUAAAAGGUAGUUCUAUACACAGAGAUUUGUUUUGCCGAUCUCAAUGACAAAUGAUAAAACACCCGCCGAAGACAUCAUCCCGCGACAUCCAGUAGACGUAGUGAAAUCGGCCAAACAAAUCUCAGUGACGUGAGUGACCCAAUGCAUGGCAAUACGUCUCCCCACUCUCUCCUCCCAAGAGGCGUUUUUACGGCUUUUAUACGUUUUACACGCGGGCUGGGAAAAACGGUUUUAAAACUGUUUUUUGGACGUUAAAUGAGUUCAAUAGAAACACCCCGAGACCGUAUGCCAUGCGGUCACAAUCUAUCAUCUAAUCUACUUCAUGUAGAUCUAUCUAUAAUAGAUCCACACCACAGCAAGUGUGAACAAGAGGCAAGCUGUACCACAGUUUAGGGUAAUCUUCUCCUUUCGUGUCUGAUGUAACACGUCUUCAGCGCCCGCGCUAUCGGUCAGCCGUCCAUUCUCAAUCGUGGAGACAUUCUCCCCGUCUCCAUUUGCUGUUACCCAUAAUACUUUGCUGUUGCUUUCUUUUGGCAUCAUGCUGUCCGUCUCUUGACGAGGCGACAGUUCAUGCUCAUCUGAAACGGAUAGACAUAUAACGAAAAUCAGAAAAUACAGGGUGUAUAAAAAAAGGUAAUCCAAAAUUAGUGUGCUCUUG